GUUUUCAAUAUUUUAUUUAAACGUGUGCUGAAAGACGACCCAUAAGUUCCCCCAAUAAGUAUAUAUAGAACGUUCUUAGAAGUUAUGCAGUAGAUGUUGACAUUAUAACAGCAAUUUUCUGCAUUAUGGACGAAGAAAACACAAAAUGGACGAAGGAAUGGGAAGCAUCAAGUUCACCUAGAUGGGCAAUGAAGGGUAUCAAUCCUUACAUAAAAAAGUAUAAAGACGACCUGACAAAAGGCAUGGAUUGUGUAAAGCUAUUUUUCCCGAUGUGUGGGGACGUAGAAGACAUGUUUUGGCUCUCUGAACUAGGUCAUGACAUCGUUGGAGUAGAAAUAUCUGCAAUUGCAAUUCAGAAAUUUUUCAACGACAGCAAUCUGGAAUAUGAAGUCACACCUUGCGAGGAAAUCAAAGGAAAUUUGUAUACAAGCAUAUCUGGGAAAAUCCGAAUAUAUUGUGGAGACUUCUUUUUUUUCGGCGCAUCUAUAGAAUGUAAUUUUGACGGCAUUUGGGAUCGUGGAGCCUUCAAUAUUUUGGACAAUUGUGACUUGAAAAAAGACAAAAGAAAUUUAAAGAAAGAGUAUAUAAACAUACUGAAAUCGGUAAUGAAACAAGAUUGUCACGUUUUCAUUGAAUUAGUUGUUUCUGACUCGACCACUAAGACAGACGAUAUGCAAAGUUUUUUUGGUGAAGACUAUCUUGUUGAAGACUUUGGCUUGGUUGAGAAGUACGCCCCAGAAUAUGACAGUUUUCCUUUUAAAGGCUUUCAGUUCUUCAGAAUUUCCAAAAAUAAUUAAAUUUAAUUAUCUGAUGAAUUUAUGUAUAAUGAUAGAAUGUAUGAUUUAACAUUUCUUAAAAUAAAAAAUAAAAAUCU